AUGGCGUCCCCGGCCCACCCUCUCCUCCUUCUCCUCCUCCUCACCUUCCUCGCCGUCACAGCCACCGCAAGACCCGGCCCCUGCCAUACCCUAAUCUUCUUCUCCACCUCCUCCUCCCACCCCCUCCCUCGAAACCCUAACCCUAAUUUCUUCCCUGCCCCAAAUCCAAUCCUCCCCUUCCCCACCCGCCGAUCCGUCACCUUCUUCUUCGCCCGACCCAUAAACGCCCACCCCAAGCCCCAGAUCAUCGUCGAUCGCGCAACCCUCAAGGAGGAGAAUCAUCCCCUGCCCUUCGGAUUCUACUCCUCCUCGUUCCGCGAUCGCACCAAGGAUAUCCUCAGCGUCGUUGGAUCGCUCCUGUUGGGCAUCGGUUGCGGUGGGCUCACCGCGGCCACGCUGUACCUGAUCUGGUCUCUUUUUGCUCCCAACAGAUUUGAUUUCCGUGGUUACGGUGAUGAUGAGGAUGAGUCUGAUGAUGAUGAUGCGGGGCCGAAGAAGAUGGGAUACAUCGCGAUCCCUGCCGCGGUGAAGGAUGUGGGUGUUGUUGCUCCUGCGAAGGGAGUGGUUUGA